AUGCCAUCGCAUAUCACGCGCACCCGGCUCUCGAGGGCACCGCUUGUGGCCAUAAAAAAUGGUGUCGAGAGGGCCGUUGCGUUCAUCAAGAUGUUCAAGAUGUUCACAUCGCGAAUUCGGUUUAUCAGUCAAUCUCAUCAACAACUGAAUCUCUGCCACAAACCAAACCGAUUGACGGCGGAUGGAGUGAAUGGUCUCAAUACACUCCCUGUAGAUCCGAAUAAAUCCAAUGGGAGUUAUGAUAUCGAAGAGAAGAUGCGAAACUCCUAUGCCUUCUAA